AUGAUUCGACGUGUUGUUGAUGAAUGUCGAUUUAAUCAUAAUUCAUAUUUAGAAAAAUUUGGUCUUACUGUUGAUUUUAAUGAAAUGUUAAUGCUACCAGCUCGAGUAUUAUCACCGCCAAAAAUCAAGAAUAAAUUAUCAUAUGAUGAUCAAGAUGUUGAUGUUAUUGAACGGGUAGAAAUUGGUAAAUGGUGGUUAAAUAAUCGUUUUAAUAAAACACAUGAAAUAUGUACAUGGGCUGUUGUAUUUAUUAGUCCACAUGAACCAGAUAAUCGAAAAAUUUGUUUACAAAGAGAUUUCGCUAAUAGAAUUCUACAGGUUUUAACUGAGUUUCUUAGUGAUCAAUAA